AUGACGCUCACAACCUACGAUACAGCAUGGGGGCCCUCUAACAUCGCCGCCUUGAAUCUGUCGCGCCUUCUGGCCCGGUUGGAAUACAACCUCCUCUCUUCCGCGGCGGACUUGAGGCCACUCCGACGAUCAGAGCAUCAGCGCAAGAGAGUAGGAGCGAAUAUAGACUAUGCCCGCACCACCCUUCAGAACCUCGAACGCAGCCUCCCGGAAAUUGCGCCUCUCGACCGCCGACAGACUAUCCAGAGUAAUCUAGCGCGGCAACGACUCCUCCUCAACCGCCUCCAGGAUCUCCUUGACCGACUCACCGUUGAAGCGGAGACCCACAGCCGGGGAAGCAAGCAACACCCAGCCGUCGCAUUCAGCAGCACCCCGAGAUCCCAAGAUGAAGAGCCAGAGGAUGGCUCAGAUUCAGACUCCGAGCCCCUUGAGGGAGAAGAAGACCUUCUUGGGACCCCCGAAGAGGGUAGCACCACCGACGAAGACCGGGACCGGGACCGGGACCACGACAAUAAUGACGCGGUCGUAGAAGCAAACCACAACCAGCAACAGUCAUCGCAGCCAUCAGAGUCACAACAGCCACAACCACCCACGAUACCCUCCGCACUCCCCAUCCCCCCAACAACCACCACACAGCAAGAUUCACCGUUGCCAGCCACUACCACGACCACAACUACAGCCACAGCCACCCCUCCGCAACCACAAUCAAGCAUUCCCCCCCAACCGUCCUCGACCCUCCGCAAUCGAUCCAACGCAGCAGCUCCCUCCACCUCAUCCUUGCAACCCAUCACAGCCUCCGGCACCUCCCUGCACCCUGAAUCCCAACCACCACUACCGUCAUCAUCACCAACCAAACUUCAGCCCACAACAACAGAAGACACCCUCGUCUCGGACCGCGCCGAGCAGGAGGACCUCACCUCCUCACUCCUCUCGCUAGCAUCACAACUCAAGGCAGGGUCACAGGCCUUCCACGCCUCCCUCGAGGCGGAGAAAUCGGUGCUGGCGCGCGCAGUCGACGGGCUCGACCGCACAACGGGUAAUAUGGAAGCGGCGGAGCGGCGCAUGGGGACGCUGCGCCGGAUGACCGAGGGGAAGGGCUGGUGGGGUCGCAUGAUGCUCUACGCCUGGAUCUUCGGGCUGUGGAUCGUGGCGAUCCUGAUUGUGUUUGUUGGCCCCAAGCUGAGAUUCUAA